AUUAUUGAGUUUGAAUGUUACGUGGGAAGGAUGUCCGAGUAUCUGCUACAAAACCUCCAAAGUGAAUAGCGGCUGAGAGUCGUGUGUCUUAACUACAAGUUCCACGCUGCACUUAUUUCUGGAGCAAGAUCGUGUUCUUUCAUUGAACUAGGAAAUGCACGUGAUAACAUUUUCGAUGACACGAUAAAGCGCACAAGGCUCGUGUCCACGUUUGACUACGGCCAUGUCAACCAUAUUCACUUCCACGUCCUCGCAGUUCGUUAUAGACCAUCAGCACCGUCGGCCAUCCCAUUCGGAGCGACGGCCCUCCCACUCGGACCCUCAGCGUCGGCCUUCGCACCAGGACUACCUGGAACAGCACUACCCACCCAACCACCACCUCCUCCAGCAGCAGAAGCGGCUCUCUGUAGACCAGCAGAGGCGAAGACGAUCGUCCUCCCUGGAGACUACACCCCACCAUCAUUCCAGCCAGCAGCACAAGACUGAUGGCAACGCUGGUUUCCUGCGAGCAGCAAGAGAUGGAAACUUGGACGAAGUCUUGGAUUAUUUGAAAGGCAGUACAGACAUUAAUACCAGCAACCCAAAUGGACUCAAUGCCCUUCACUUGGCAUCAAAAGAAGGACACAUCAAUAUUGUCACUGAAUUGUUAAGCCGUGGUGCCAAUGUAGAGGCAGCUACUAAGAAGGGCAACACUGCCUUGCACAUCGCCUCCUUGGCAGGACAUGAGGAAAUAGUCAGGAAAUUGGUAGAGAAUGGAGCCCAAGUCAAUCUUCAGGCCCAGGCUGGCUUCACCCCACUGUAUAUGGCUUCACAAGAAGGGCAUGCUGAUGUGGUCAAGUUUUUGUUAUCAGUUGGAGCCAAUCAGGGACUAUCUACUGAGGAUGGGUUCACACCACUGGCAGUAGCCCUUCAACAAGGUCAUGACAAGGUUGUCUCAGUUCUCCUGGAGCAUGAUGCUAAAGGUAAAGUCAGGCUGCCAGCUUUGCACAUUGCUGCCAAGAAAGAUGAUGUCAAGUCUGCUGCCUUGUUGCUGCAGAAUGAACAGAACAGUGUGGAGUUGCAGACCAAGGGAGGAUUAGUGAAUGAUACAACCAAGAGUGGCUUCACUCCUCUACAUAUUGCUGCCCAUUAUGGGAACAUCAAUGUUGCCAACUUGUUGAUCCAGCGCAACGCAGACGUGAACUUCAGAGCCAAGAACAAUAUCACACCACUUCAUGUGGCUUCAAGAUGGGGAAAACUAAACAUGGUCAAUCUUCUAUUGGACAACAAUGCUACCAUUGAUGAAAAGACAAGGGAUGGCCUGACUCCACUCCACUGUGCCUCUAGAAGUGGUCAUGAGAGUGUUGUGGACACACUGUUAGAAAAGGGAGCUCCUCACUCAGCCAAAACAAAGAAUGGUCUAACUCCACUUCACAUGGCAGCCCAAGGAGAUCAUGAAGACUGUGCUCGUUUACUUCUCUAUCAUAAGGCAUCACUGAAUGAAGUGACUGUAGAUUACCUGACUCCACUUCAUGUGGCUGCUCACUGUGGUAAUGUCAAGACAGCUAAACUUUUACUGGACAGGAAAUGUGAGCCCAAUGCUAGAGCUUUGAAUGGUUUUACACCACUGCAUAUUGCUUGCAAAAAGAACCGUAUCAAAGUUGUUGAGUUGUUAUUGAAGUAUGGAGCCUCAAUUGAAAGUAAAACUGAGUCUGGCCUGACUCCACUCCAUGUUGCCUCUUUCAUGGGUCACAUGAACAUUGUCAUCUACCUGAUCCAACACAAUGCAAAUCCUAACACAGCCACUGUCAGGGGGGAGACCUCACUCCAUCUUGCUGCCAGGGCCAAUCAGUCAGACAUCAUCAGGAUUCUCUUGAGAAACUCAGCCACUGUGGAUGCCAGAGCUAGGGAACAACAAACUCCACUCCAUAUUGCUGCACGCUUGGGCAAUGUGGACAAUGUGCUGCUCCUCCUGCAACAUGGGGCCUCAGUAGAUGCUACCACUAAGGACAAGUACACCCCACUCCAUAUUGCAGCCAAAGAAGGUCAUGAAGAAGUGGCUCAAGUCCUUCUAGAGCAUGAAGCCCAGCAUGACAUCACCACCAAGAAAGGGUUCACUCCCCUACACAUUGCUGCCAAGUAUGGUAACAUCAAGGUUGCCAGACUGUUGCUACAAAAAGAGGCCAACCCAGACAUUAGUGGCAAGAAUGGCCUGACUCCUCUCCAUGUGGCUACCCAUUACAACCAUGCCAAUGUAGCCCAACUUCUCUUGGAAAAUAAGGCCAACCCUCAUGCUACUGCCAAGAAUGGCUAUACACCCCUUCACAUUGCUGCCAAGAAGAACCAGAUGGACAUCGCAACCAUGCUCCUGGAGUACGGGGCUAAGCCUGAUGCUGAAUCCAAGAACGGGUUCACACCUUUGCACCUGGCUGCACAGGAAGGUCACACUGACAUUGUGUCCCUUUUGUUAGAGAAACAAGCCAACGUCAAUGCUACGGCUACUAAUGGAUUGACACCAAUGCACCUUGCUGCUCAGGAAGAUCGUGUCCAGGUGGCAGAGAUUCUCAUCAAGCAUGGCUCUGCCACUGACACCAGUACCAAAGCUGGCUACACUCCACUACAUACAGCUUGUCACUUUGGACAAGUCAACAUGGUUAGGUUCUUGCUGGACCAUGAGGCCUCUGUGAAUGCCACCACCAAGGUUGGUUACACUCCACUUCAUCAAGCUGCCCAGCAAGGCCAUGUCCAGGUGGUCAACACCCUCCUUAAGAACCAAGCCUCACCCAAUGCUGUCACCAAUAACGGUCAAACUCCACUGGCCAUCGCUCAGAGACUUGGCUAUAUCUCAGUUGUGGAGAUCCUGAAACCUGUGACAGAAGUCCAAGGCAUCACACCAUCCACUGAAGACAAGUACAAGGUGGUCUCCCCUGAGACCAUGCAGGAAACCUUCAUUUCUGACUCUGAGGAUGAAGGAGGCAGCAGUUUCGUCGGAUCGUUUCGCAGCUUGCAAUAUGGAAGUCUCACUAUUAGUACUUUUGGAGAUGACUUUAUGCCUCAGUCCCCUAUAUUUGGUAAACCUCUGUCAGAGCAACACGUUUAUCUGCCCUACUAUGAGGGUCAGAAGAUACACAACAAUGAUAAACGUAAUAGUUACCUGAGUACCACCAGUAACCUCAGUAGAGAAGACAGUAUCUCUCUUGAGAGAGGAGGCAGUGCUUCACCAUUGGACACAUCUUUUGAUAAGGAGAUUCACAUGAGACACAAGACAACAGAGCACAGAGGCCGUCAGAUUAGCCAAAUGGGGGCCACCAUGUACUAUCCAUCCUAUCUAGAGAACGGGCCUGAUUAUGAAGAAGAGAUGAGAUAUUACCACGGGGACACCUUGUCUCCUAAAGAUAAGCAGGCUGCAGGGGAUAAGUCUAGGACAGACAGCGUCUUCUAUUCUGGAGACUAUUCUACCUUAGGCUCCAACCGGGACUCUCUGACUCUGGAAGGGACGAGAGACCGUUCUAUGGGAGAUAGUACCGGUGACUUUAUGGAGGAAGACGACCUGAAGUAUGUUGUGGCUGAUGAAGCCUAUCUGAAGAAGCAUAAGCCUGAAGAUACCUUUGGUGAAGAUUUAUAUGCCAGACAAUCUUUCCGUUAUGGUAAAAGAGCCCCGGAGUUGACAUCUCCUCCCCGUUGGAGUGCCAAUCAGUCCUUUGAUAGUCUACAAGGCUCGGAGGUACUACUCAAGGACCAGAAAGCUAGUGAAGCACCAGAUGUCCAGAUGUUGCCAUCAGCAGAAUACAAAGAGAGGACUGCUUACCAAAGGUCACCAUCAAUUGAGUACAAGGCCAAAACUGAAACUUUCCUUCUUCAGAAGUCUCCAUCAGUGGAAUUAAAAGAGAAAACUGCUGUAUCUAUCAUUUUGGAAUCGCCUUCUGUAGAAUUCAAAGAAAAAGUUGUUCCAACCAUUGUUCUGAAUUCCUCUUUGGAGAAAGAAGUGAUAGAAAAAGUUCACAAGAUAGAAUUCACAGAAACAACAGUCACUUCAGUUGUUAAGACAUCAGCUAAACAAUCUGAGAGAGUUGAGAAAUUCACUGUUGAAAAGCCAACACCAGAAAAGAGAAAAGAACCAAUCCAGAAGCAGAGUUCUGUAGACUUCAAAGAUUCCAACUUGCCUUCAACGGAACGUCCACACAUAAUCUACCAGGGGCAGUACUCCUCUUCCCCAGAUCAAAACUCCAAUAUUGUCAAGUACCUUCCUGAUGACUCCAUCACAGCAGCUGAUGCUUCAGAGUUCAUACAAGACUACAUGGAUGCCCAGAUCACGAGCCAGUCCUUCAGCGCCAUGCACACUGCUGCUCCGCCUAUCACAGGACGCCUGCCAGUAACUGGGGAAGUCAACCGCUUUAGCUCCUACAGUGGCUCUUCAUUCAGCACUAGCUUUGACCCUGACAAUGUCCUUGUUGAUCGCUCACCAGUCUAUGCUGGCAAACUUAAAUGGAAAAGUUUCUUGAUCAGUUUCAUGGUGGAUGCCCGUGGUGGAGCCAUGCGAGGAUGCCGUCACCCUGGAGUAAGGGUCAUCAUUCCUCCUAGAAAAUGCUGUAUGCCAACUCGUAUCACAUGCCGCCUGGUCAAGAAAGAGAAGUUGACCAAGCCACCCCCAAUGCUGGAAGGAGAAGGAUUAGCUGCCAGAGUUCUGGAGAUGGGACCUGCUGGAACCAAAUUUCUAGGUCCUAUCCUGCUGGAAGUCCCACAUUUUGCAUCCCUGCGUGGCAAAGAGCGUGAGGUUGUUAUCCUGCGCAGUGACAAUGGAGAGACCUGGUAUGAGCACCCAACGCAGGCCACAGAAGAUGCUGUGGCAGAGGCCUUGGGAAGCAGUGCAGAAGAACUUGACAGUGAAGAAGACCUAUCCACCAAACGUAUCAAGAGGAUCCUGACCACUGACCUGCCUAUGUACUUUGCCCUUGUGUCUCGUGUAACAAGGGUGAAACAAGAGAGCACAGUCAUUGGCACAGAGGGAGGUGUUCUCAGCUCCAAUGUGGUACCACAGGUCCAGGCAGUUUUCCCUGAAGGCACUCUAAGGAGACCAAUCCCAGUUGGCUUACAGGCUCAACCUAUAGCCCCAGAACUAGUUGCCAAACUGCUCGGCAAUCGUGUUGCAGUCAGCCCCAUUGUUACCAUAGAGCCGAGACGACGUCAGUUCCACAAACCUAUUACUCUGACAAUCCCUGUACCCAAAGCUGCCCAGAAGGGGAUGAUAAACCAAUAUGGUGGUGAACGACCGACUCUCCGCCUUCUCUUCAGCCUUGCAGGCAACAGUUCUCAUGGUCGAGCUGAUCCAAACCCAGCUGUUUGGGAAGAUGUUACUGAUAGCAAGCCUAUGACUUUGGUGGAUGACUGUGUCUCGUUCACUACCAAAGUUUCAGCCAGAUUUUGGUUGAUUGACUGUCAGAAUGUGGCUGAAGCUGCUCAGAUGGCUUCAAUACUCUAUCAAGAAGCAGUCACUGUCCCCUACAUGGCUAAAUUUGUGGUGUUUGCCAAGCGAGACUCUCCAGAGGAAGGCAAACUGAGAAUAUUCUGUAUGACAGAUGAUAAAGAUGACAAGACACUGGAAAAACAAGAAAAGUUUUAUGAAGUGGCAAGAAGCAGAGACAUUGAGGUUCUUGAAGGGCGACCUCAAUUUGUGGAGAUGGCCGGAAAUCUGAUCCCUGUGACCAAGUCAGGUGACCAGCUCCACGUUAACUUUCGAGCUUUUAGAGAAAACAGACUGCCUUGCACUGUUAAGAUAAGAGAUCAAGAUCAAGAACCAAGUGCACGUGUUGCCUUCAUGAAAGAGCCUAAAGUUGCAAGGGGUGAAGCACCACAGACACCCAUCUGUAAUCUGAACAUUAGACUUCCAGAUAUGGUUUUGUCUGACUCAGGAGAACUAGAUCCUGACAAAAGUGCAGAAAUAAGAAAACGACAUGAAUUCUUGCGUGGUCAAGGAUUCGUAAUUCAGGACACUGUGAACCGGGCUGAGAUGAAACUUUCGGACAUCGCAGACACGGUUCAGGGUGACUGGGUCAUGUUAGCUCAACAACUUCACAUCUCCAUCUCAGACAUCAAUCAUUUUAAGAAUGAUUACAAGACAGUUGGAGACCAGGCUUUAGCCAUGCUUCACUUUUGGUUACAAAAGAAUGGAGACAAAGCAACAGGAAAUGAGCUGGAGAAUGCUCUGCGUAGAAUCAACAGAGAUGAUGUUGUCAGAAAGUGUAUGUACAAUAUUGAAAGGGUUGAGGACGAAGCAGAAGUAGAAGUGGCCAGAGCCAUUAUUGAACAGACAGGUCUGGACUCCAAAGAUUCUCUGAAGCGUGGUAUGUCACUUGAUGUCCAGUAUGAUGAACAAGAUAUGAUUAAGAACCUUGAUGAGAUAAAGGAAUCAGAAUCUGCCGGGCAGAGUCCCACAGCUGUUAAAGAACAAAUAGUGUUAGAAAGAAGGCCUCCUCCUACACCGACCAUUGCAGUGACAUCACCAAGAUCAGACUCUUUAACCGAUGAGAUAGUAGAAGCAUCUGUUGACCAGCGAAGACCAGUGGUGGAGCCUCCCAUUGAUGAGGAAGGCGAAUCAAGGCGCAGAAAGGAAGCGUUUGUAGAUUUUGCAUUACAGCUAGAUCAGUAUGCAGAGCUGAAAGAAUCUCGUCUAGCUCAUCAAGAUUCUGAUGAGCAAUCAGUGGAGUCUGUCAAAGAGGAAGAAAUUGUGAAAUCUACUAAGACCAGCCCUACAGAUGCUUUCCCAACCUGGACAGAGAGGUCCUACCAACAAGUGUCCCAAACUUCCAAAGCACAUGUCACAUUUGCAGAGGUGAAUGAUGUAGAGGAAAGGUUUGAUGCUGAUGAGGAAGAGGUGCAGACACCUCCUCCUAGUCCCACAGAGAAACUUGACUCAGAGGAGAAAAGUGAAGAUGAGCUCCAACAAGAGGUGACGGAGAUUGUGGAGACAUACCGUGUCUCUGAGGAUGGUCGCACAUGGAAAACCAUUAAGAAAACAACCAUUAUCACAGCGCAAGGAACAACUGAAACGGUUGAAGUUCUGAAAGAAGAGCCUGUUACAGCAGCAGAGAGUAGCAUAGCUGAAGCAGCAACUCGUUUAGAGUCUGAGGCAGCCAAUCAGAUUGAUUCUGAAGGCAAACAUGUUAGUAUUGGUCAGGUCAAAGUGCAACACGAGUUCAUGUACUCUCGAGCUGAAAUUGUCACAGAUGAAGAGCCUACCCAGGAAAAAAAAGUCAGCCCUUCAUUGCCAGGAGUGUAUGGUGAUAUUGUCAGCCCUGUCUCAGAAGGUGGAUCCUCCUACAUCGAUGAGCCCUCCCCUGUUCCGGAGCCGACACUGCCAGAAGAUUUCAGAGCUGAUGAGCUUGAUUAUGAGAAGAUGGAGGAUGACGAUGAAAGGUCUGCCAUAGAUGAUGGCGUCAAAUGUGAAAGCGCUGAGGAGAUGCCGGGUGAUAUUUCUUCAGAGCGUGACUUCUUUGAAACACCAGAACAAUCUUUUGACAAAUCAGACAAAGUGGCAAAAAACUCUUCCGUGGAUGCCGAAUACAAAGACAACUACGAGGAUGAAGCUGAUGAACAAGAGAUUAGAGACAGCGAGGACGCCGGGCCAGACUACGAGCCUGAUGAGUUCCAAGAAUGUGAUGCUUGUGGGUUUGAAGAAGGUGAUAGAGAUGAAGAGACAACGGCUGUAACCGAGGGUCAGGAUGACUAUGUGGAUAGAUUGGAAGAAACUUUAGAGUGUCGGAAGGUUAUUAUAGUGCAAGAGAGACCUGAAGUAAUUGUUGAUGAGGUUUCUAUUCUGACUGUGGAGGCUGGAGAUACUUAUGUAGACAGGUCUGAAGAAACCCUCGAGUGCCAGAAGGUCACGGUGAAACGAGGUCAGACACCUGACAGACCUGUAGGUUUCCAAGUGGCCUACACCUCAAAUAAUGAGCUCAUUGCUGCUGCCACUACACUUGUGGAUGACCAGGAGAGUCUUGAAGUUAGUGGUGAUCAUUACUCCCCUGGAGAGACGUACACUGAAGAAGUUAGGCCAGACGGUACUAUUGUAAGGCAUAGAAAAAUACGAACCACUAAAGAGGGAUCUUCAGUUGACAUGGAGGAAUUCUGUGAAGAAACACCAGCCAAAGAGGAAACAGAAGUGGAGGACCAUGAAGAGAUUAUGGCCGAUGGAACAGUUCACACCACACACACAGUUCGCAGGCACUCCUUCAAGAAAGUUAAAAAACAUCUCAAAUCUGUAGAUGGAGAUGAGAAAGAGGAGGAAAUAACAGAAGUCAUACCAGGCUCAGAGAAGAAAGAAAUUAUAGAAACAUUUGAUGAGCCUCCACGUAUGGUGCACGAAGAGGAAGAAAUGGAUGAGAUUCUAGACGAUGGCACUAAAGUGCAUAGAAAGAUUAUUUUAAAUCGUAUGGUGCACCGUAUCCGAACACAUCAAGAGUCGUUUGAUUCAGAUCAUGGCAGACAUGUAGAAGAUUAUGAGAUUGAUGAAAUCAUCCCUGGUACAGAGUCUGCUUUCCUUGCUGAUCCUGAUUCUGAUUCAUCUUCCAGUGAAUAUGAUGAACACGAAGUUGAAAAAAUUCAAGAAAAAACUGAAAUUUUAGAUGAUGGCACUAUUGUGAAAAGUAAAUUGCUAACGACAGAGUCUACUCAUAAGACUAGAUCAAGAACUGGCUCUAUAGAUGAAACAGAGAUUGAAAGAAUAGUGGAAGAAGAGUCAAUCACACCCAGCCCAAGACCUAGGUCUCCUGUGGAUGCUGAUCCUUAUGAUGUAACUGGGAAACAGCCUGUGAAGACUAUUACUAAAACAUCACAUAUUGAAGAGUCAGUGAAAGAUGAUGUCGUGGAACGUACUUUGGAAGUUGUGGAAGAUAUGAUAGCUACAGGGGCAUUGAAGUCAUCGGAGGAUUACUCGGAUGCUACAGUUGCUGAAUCCUUCAAAGCGCCCACAGUAGAAGUGCAGUAUGAAGGGGAUGGCAACCAGUACCAGGAAGCUUUCACAGGAAGUCAAGCCUUUCAGUCUGAAGAUAAAUAUGAGUUGGAAGGACUGAAGGAAAAAAGAAUUGUGAGGGAACAGUUAGCUUCAUCCAGAACUGAACAUUUACAAGAAACAUCGUCUCACAUAUACACUGUCGAACAAACUUGUCAGGAAGUUGAUGUUACAGAAGAGACUGUCGCUAUUGAAAAUAUUGGAAUUUAUGAAGCAGCCAUAAUCAGAGAGGAAGUAGAACAUUUCCAGAUUCCAAGGCAAGAUGAAGAAAUAUUUUCAGAUACUUUUGAAAGUAUGGCAACUAUUGAAGAUACACAGUAUGAAAUGGCCAGUGAAGCCAUUGUGCAUGAAGAAAGAGAAGAAACUAAAGAACUGGAGAUUUCGUCCCAUGAAGAAAGAGAAGAAACUAAAGAACUGGAGAUUUUGUCCCAUGAAGAAAGAGAAGCAACUAAAGAACUGAAGAUUUUGUCCCAUGAAGAAAGAGAAGCAACUAAAGAACUGGAGAUUUUGUCCCAUGAAGAAAUGGAUGAAACGGAGAUGACAGAAACACAGCCCAUUCAGCUAGAAGAUGAAGGGGAGAAAACUCCAGUUGCUGAUGCUGAGUCUCCACUAACUGAUUUAAAAUAUGUGACGUUGACAGACCCUGUUACCAAGGAGCUUGUCAGAGAAAAAAUAGAAACAAUUGAAGAAGUAGUGGCUGACAUGGAGAGAAAGUUUGAACGAAGGUCCUUGGACAGAGACACUGAACCCCUAAGUGCAGGGACUGUUGAGCCCACAGGCUAUAUCACAAAAGACCAUGAGCUAGCCAAAAGUGAACUGACUGAAGAUGCCAGUGAGACCACCCAGGAUGUCUCUGAAAUCAAAAGUGAGUUGGUGGAGUCUCUGGAGAGUCAACAUGACAUUGAGAGCUACAAGGAUGUUGAGGUGGCAUAUACUCAAGAAGUUUUACACAUAGAAGAAUACUAUCAUGGAGAUGAAAGUGAGGAAAUCACACCAGCCUGUGAUGACAGUAGACUAAUAGAAAUACAAGAGACUGAGCUGAUUUCUGAAAAAAGACAAAUUGAAGGAGAAAUAGACAGUCUCUCAGCAACAGCAGGCAGUGAUAUUGCUGGUAUGGAAGAAAUUGAGCAAGAAGUUGAAUCCCAAGAAGACUACAGCUAUGAUGUCAGUUCCAAAGUUGGGACAUUUUCUGAGCAGUUAAAUCAAAGAGAAGAGUAUCCUCUUGAUAGGGUCUUAAAGGAAACCAAGCAAGAAGUGGAAGGAGAUACAAUACAAAAGGCAAAUGUUGGUUUUGUGUCAGCCAGUGCAAUUAGCUUACCAGAUGAGUCAGAAGAUGAGAUACAGGAAGUUAUAAGUAUUACCAAGGCUCAAGAUGUUCACUCUGCUUUGGGACAGGAUUUUGUUGAGAAAAAACAGUACCAGAUGAGUAGUGAGGAAUUAGAAGAAGAUGACCAGGAUUUUGAGACUUGUGAUAUUGCUGAAAAAGAGCUAACAGAAUUUGAAGAAACAGAAUUGGCUAUUCACCAAGAACUUGAAAGUUCACAAGAACUACAUCAAGAGGAAACAUUGAUCAUGGAUGAAAAGAAACACUAUUAUCAAGAAAGCAGACUACAUGAACACAAAGAAUAUUUAACAGAAAAAAUGACUGGCCAUAAAACUGAAGAGCAUAUCAAACAAACAGAACAAGUAAUAAUCGUAGAAGGCAUGAAAAAAGAAGACUAUAGCAUUGAUAAAGAAGAAUGUGUUGAAAAAAUAGAGACAUAUAUAAAUACUAAAGAACAGGAACAAUAUGCAGAACAGAGACAAGAGCAGGAAGAAUAUGUAGAAGAGAGACAGAAAGAAGUACAUACUGAAGAGCAGGAAGAAUAUGUAGAAGAGAGACAGAAAGAAGUAUAUACUGAAGAGCAGGAAGAAUAUGUAGAAGAGAAACAGAAAGAAGAAGUAUAUACUGAUGAGCAGGAAGAAUUUGUAGAAGAGAAACAGAAAGAAGUAUAUACUGAAGAGCAGGAAGAAUAUGUAGAAGAGAGACAGAAAGAAGAAGUAUAUACUGAGGAGCAGGAAGAAUAUGUAGAAGAGAGACAGAAAGAAGUAUAUACUGAAGAGCAGGAAGAAUAUGUAGAAGAGAGACAGAAAGAAGAAGAAUAUGUAGAAGAGCAGGAAGAAUAUGUGGAAGAGAAACAGAAAGAAGAAGAAAAUACAGAAGAGCAGGAAGAAUUUGUAGAAGAGAGACAGAAAGAAGAAUAUACUGAAGAGCAGGAAGAAUAUCUAGAAGAGAGACAGAAAGAAGAAGUAUAUACUGAAGAGCAUGAAGAAUAUGUAGAAGAGAGACAGAAAGAAGCAUAUACUGAAGAGCAGAAGGAAUUUGGAGAAGAGAGACAGAAACAAGAAUAUACUGAAGAGCAGGAAGAAUAUGUAGAAGAGAGACAGAAAGAAGUAUAUACUGAAGAGCAGGAAGAAUAUGUGGAAGAAAGACAGAAAGAAUAUACUGAAGAACAGGAAGAAUAUGUAGAAGAAAGACAGAAAGAAGAAGAAUAUGUAGAAGAGAAACAGAAAGAAGAAGAAUAUACAGAAGAGCAGGAAGAAUUUGUAGAAGAGAGACAGACAGAAGAAUAUACUGAAGAGCAGGAAGAUGUAGAAGAGAGACAGAAAGAAGAAGAAUAUGUAGAAGAGCAGAAAGAAUAUGUAGAAGAGAAACAGAAAGAAGAUUAUGUAGAAGAGCAGGAAGAAUAUGUAGAAGAGAGACAGAAAGAAGAAGAGUAUGUAGAAGAGCAGGUAGAAUGUGUAGAAGAGAAACAGAAAGAAGAAGAAUAUACUGAAGAGCAGGAAGAAUAUGUAGAAGAGAGACAGAAAGAAGAAUAUACCGAAGAGCAAGAAGAAUGUGUAGAAGAGAAACAGAAAGAAGAAUAUACUGAAGAGCAGGAAGAAUAUGUAGAAGAGAGACAGAAAGAAGGAUAUACUAAAGAGCAGGAAGAAUAUGUAGAGGAUAGACAGAAAGAAGAAAAAUAUACUGAAGAGCAGGAAGAAUAUUUUGAAGAGAGACAGAAAGAAGUAUAUACUGAAGAGCAGGAUGAAUAUGUAGAAGAGAGACAGAAAGAAGUAUAUACUGAAGAGCAGGAUGAAUAUGUAGAAGAGAGACAGAAAGAAGUAUAUACUGAAGAGCAGGAAGAAUAUGUAGAAGAGAGACAGAAAGAAGUAUAUACUGAAGAGCAGGAAGAAUAUGUAGAAGAGAAACAGAAAGAAGAAUAUACAGAAGAGCAGGAAGAAUAUGUAGAAGAGAGACAGAAAGAAGUAUAUACUGAAGAGCAGGAUGAAUAUGUAGAAGAGAGACAGAAAGAAGUAUAUACUGAAGAGCAGGAUGAAUAUGUAGAAGAGAGACAGAAAGAAGUAUAUACUGAAGAGCAGGAAGAAUAUGUAGAAGAGAGACAGAAAGAAGUAUAUACUGAAGAGCAGGAAGAAUAUGUAGAAGAGAAACAGAAAGAAGAAUAUACAGAAGAGCAGGAAGAAUAUGUAGAAGAGAGACAGAAAGAAGUACAUACUGAAGAGCAGGAAGAAUAUGUAGAAGAGAGACAGAAAGAAGUAUAUACUGAAGAGCAGGAUGAAUAUGUAGAAGAGAGACAGAAAGAAGAAUAUACUGAAGAACAGGAAGAAUAUGUAGAAGAGAAACAGAAAGAAGUAUGUACUGAAGAGCAGGAAGAAUAUGAAGAAGAGAGACAGAAAGAAGUAUAUACUGAAGAGCAGGAAGAAUAUGUAGAAGAGAGACAGAAAGAAAUAUAUACUGAAGAGCAGGAUGAAUAUGUAGAAGAUAGGCAGAAAGAAGUAUUUACUGAAGAGCAGGAUGAAUAUGUUGAAGAGAGACAGAAAGAAGUAUAUACUGAAGAGCAGGAAGAAUAUGUAGAAGAGAGACAGAAAGAAGUAUAUACUGAAGAGCAGGAUGAAUAUGUAGAAGAGAGACAGAAAGAAGAAUAUACUGAAGAACAGGAAGAAUAUGUAGAAGAGAAACAGAAAGAAGUAUAUACUGAAGAGCAGGAAGAAUAUGUAGAAGAGAAACAGAAAGAAGUAUAUACUGAAGAGCAGGAAGAAUAUGUAGAAGAGAAACAGAAAGAAGUAUAUACUGAAGAGCAGGAAGAAUAUGUAGAAGAGAAACAGAAAGAAGUAUAUACUGAAGAGCAGGAAGAAUAUGUAGAAGAGAGACAGAAAGAAGUAUAUACUGAAGAGCAGGAUGAAUAUGUUGAAGAGAGUCAGAAAGAAGUAUAUACUGAAGAGCAGGAAGAAUAUGUAGAAGAGAGACAGAAAGAAGUAUAUACUGAAGAGCAUGAAGAAUAUGUAGAAGAGAGACAGAAAGAAGUAUAUACUGAAGAGCAGGAAGAAUAUGUAGAAGAGAGACAGAAAGAAGAAUAUACAGAAGAGCAGGGAGAAUAUGUAGAAGAGAAACAGAAAGAAGUAUAUACUGAAGAGCAGGAAGAAUAUGUAGAAGAGAAACAGAAAGAAGUAUAUACUGAAGAGCAGGAAGAAUAUGUAGAAGAGAAACAGAAAGAAGUAUAUACUGAAGAGCAGGAAGAAUAUGUAGAAGAGAGACAGAAAGAAGUAUAUACUGAAGAGCAGGAUGAAUAUGUUGAAGAGAGUCAGAAAGAAGUAUAUACUGAAGAGCAGGAAGAAUAUGUAGAAGAGAGACAGAAAGAAGUAUAUACUGAAGAGCAUGAAGAAUAUGUAGAAGAGAGACUGAAAGAAGUAUAUACUGAAGAGCAGGAUGAAUAUGUUGAAGAGAGUCAGAAAGAAGUAUAUACUGAAGAGCAGGAAGAAUAUGUAGAAGAGAGACAGAAAGAAGUAUAUACUGAAGAGCAAGAAGAAUAUGUAGAAGAGAAACAGAAAGAAGUAUAUACUGAAGAGCAGGAAGAAUAUGUAGAAGAGAGACAGAAAGAAGAAGAAUAUACUGAAGAGCAGGAAGAAUAUGUUGAAGAGAGACAGAAAGAAGUAUAUACUGAAGAGCAGGAAGAAUAUGUAGAAGAGAGACAGAAAGAAGUAUAUACUGAAGAGCAGGAAGAAUAUGUUGAAGAGAGACAGAAAGAAGUAUAUACUGAAGAGCAGGAAGAAUAUGUAGAAGAGAAACUCAAAGAAGAAGUAUAUACUGAAGAGCAGGAAGAAUUUCUAGACGAGAGACAGAAAGAAGUAUAUACUGAAGAGCAGGAAGAAUAUGUAGAAGAGAGACAAAAAAAAGUAUAUACUGAAGAGCAGGAAGAAUUUCUAGAAGAGAGACACAAAAAAGAAUAUACGGAAGAGCAGGAAGAAUGUGUAGAAGACAAACAGAAAGAAGUAUAUACUGAAGAGCAGGAAGAAUAUGUAGAAGAGAAACAGAAAGAAGUGUAUACUGACAGGCAGGAAGAAUAUGUAGAAGAGAGACAGAAAGAAGUAUAUACUGAAGAGCAGGAAGAAUUUGUAGAAGAGAAACAGAAAGAAGUAUAUACUGAAGAGCAGGAAGAAUAUGUAGAAGAGAAACAGAAAGAAGAAUAUACAGAAGAGCAGGAAGAAUAUGUAGAAGAGAAACAGAAAGAAGUAUAUACUGAAGAGCAAGAAGAAUAUGUAGAAGAGAAACAGAAAGAAGUAUAUACUGAAGAGCAGGAAGAAUAUGUAGAAGAGAGACAGAAAGAAGAAGAAUAUACUGAAGAGCAGGAAGAAUAUGUUGAAGAGAGACAGAAAGAAGUAUAUUCUGAAGAGCAGGAAGAAUAUGUAGAAGAGAGACAGAAAGAAGUAUAUACUGAAGAGCAGGAAGAAUAUGUUGAAGAGAGACAGAAAGAAGUAUAUACUGAAGAGCAGGAAGAAUAUGUAGAAGAGAAACUCAAAGAAGAAGUAUAUACUGAAGAGCAGGAAGAAUUUCUAGACGAGAGACAGAAAGAAGUAUAUACUGAAGAGCAGGAAGAAUAUGUAGAAGAGAGACAAAAAAAAGUAUAUACUGAAGAGCAGGAAGAAUUUCUAGAAGAGAGACACAAAAAAGAAUAUACGGAAGAGCAGGAAGAAUGUGUAGAAGACAAACAGAAAGAAGUAUAUACUGAAGAGCAGGAAGAAUAUGUAGAAGAGAAACAGAAAGAAGUGUAUACUGACAGGCAGGAAGAAUAUGUAGAAGAGAGACAGAAAGAAGUAUAUACUGAAGAGCAGGAAGAAUUUGUAGAAGAGAAACAGAAAGAAGUAUAUACUGAAGAGCAGGAAGAAUAUGUAGAAGAGAAACAGAAAGAAGAAUAUACAGAAGAGCAGGAAGAAUAUGUAGAAGAGAAACAGAAAGAAGUAUAUACUGAAGAGCAGGAAGAAUAUGUAGAAGAGAAACAGAAAGAAGUAUAUACUGAAGAGCAUGAAGAAUAUGUAGAAGAGAAACAGAAAGAAGUAUAUACUGAAGAGCAGGAAGAAUAUGUAGAAGAGAAACAGAAAGAAGUAUAUACUGAAGAGCAGGAAGAAUAUGUAGAAGAGAAACAGAAAGAAGUAUAUACUGAAGAGCAGGAAGAAUAUGUAGAAGAGAAACAGAAAGAAGAAGAUUAUAAUGAAGAGCAGGAAGAAUAUGUAGAAGAGAGACAGACUAAAAUAUAUACUGAUGACAAGGAAGAACAUUUUGAAGAGAGACAGAAGGAUGUAUAUACUGAAGAAGAAGAAGAAUAUGUAGAAGAGAAACAGAAAGAAGAAGAUUAUAAUGAAGAGCAGGAAGAAUAUGUAGAAGAGAGACAGACUAAAAUAUAUACUGAUGACAAGGAAGAACAUUUUGAAGAGAGACAGAAGGAUGUAUAUACUGAAGAAGAAGAAGAAACUGUAGAAGACAGAUUGAAAGAGGAAUAUGUAGAGAAGGGAAAUGAAGAAUUUAUUGAUGGGCGGGAUGAAUAUUUGAUAGAGAGAGAAACAUAUUUUAAAGAACAAGAGAUGCAUAAGUUGAGCCAAAAAUCAGAUUACUCUGAAGAACAUAAAGUAUUUGUUGAAGAAAGAUUGAAUGAAGAAAUCACAAAACUGCAAAAAGAAGGUGAAACAUUUAGAGAACUGACCCAACAAGAAGAAAAAGAGUAUGAGGAACAAAUUUCACAAGCUAUUACCCUAUCACAUGCAUUUCAUGAAAGAUCAGAGAUCCAGAAGGAAAUAUCACAGCCAAUCGAUAAUGAAGUAUGUGAAACUACCCCUUUUGUUAUGGUAACAUCUGCUGAGAGCACAAGUGAGCAAAGAACUCCAUCUGAAAAAGAUUUAGCUAUUCUUCUCAAUUUAGAUGAAUCUGAAUCUGUUUCUGAAAAGGCUAUAGGCUCUUCUCCUGAAGAUCAAGAAGAUUUAGAGAAUGAUGAUCUGGAUCAAGACCAAACCAUGGUACGAGACUUUAUUGAACUGGAUAAGGAACUAGAAGAACAAGAGUCACUUACAGCUGCUCUUUUAUCCAAAUCUUUGAAAGAUGAACAAGAUUUGUAUGUUACUACAACUGAGAAACAGGAUUCUGCUUCUUAUAAUGUAGAGGUUAUGUCUUCAAGACAGAUCAUAACAGAGUCAUCACUGGAACAAAUUUAUGAAAAAUCCUCAGAAAGUGAAAUGACACAAAGCCAGGAUUCAAUCCCAGAUGAAAAAGUUGAUAUUUACAGUUCUGAAAAACACAUUUUUGAAGAAAAGAUUGAAGAAACUGAAGAAUAUACCUCAUGUGAAAAAGAAUGGUUCAUGGUGUCUAAGGAGUCUGUGACAAGUUUAGAUGGUAGUCAUGUAAAUGAAUAUGAGUUAGAACUCAGCAAAGCCAUUGUUCAAGAAGCUUUGUACACAAGCAUUGAGUCUUCUAAAAAAAUGGAAACUUCUGAAAAGGAGUCUGAAGAAUCAAUUAUAACUGAUGCUAAACUCAUAGAUGAACAAAAGAUAGCUGGUGGUAUGAUGGAUGAACUGCAGGCUCUAGAAGAUCAACAGUAUGUAGAGGAUGAAAGUUCUGAAGAGGAUAGUGAAGAUUAUGAGCAAGAAAGUGUUGAGUUGACUUUGCAGCAGUCUAUUGAAAGAAAAGAAAUUAAAUUAGAGCAUUCUAAUGCUGUGAUCACUCACAGAAAAGAUCAAGCCUUGGAUAGUUCAGAAGGCGAUGAUGUGGAUAUGGAGCAAUCUGUGGAUAGACUAGAAACUUUCACUGUUGAAGAGCGAGAAGAACACACAGAAAAAGAUCUGAUCAUUUCUGAAGAGGAAGAAAAGUACUGGACACAAGAGAAAGAGAUUGAAACAAGAAGUGAAACAGUUAUUGAAGAAAGGUGCCACAUUCUGUCUAGCAAAGAAGUGGAGUUCACUAAAGAAGAUGUCAGUCAUGAAACAACACAAGAUUUUUUGGAUUACCCAGAAACAUUUAUUGAUAGGAAAGAAGAAUUCAUGGAGUUAAUAUCUGAUUGUGUUGACCGAGAGGAAGAAGAAAAGGAAAGAUUUAUUUCCUGUGAAAUUUCUGAUACAUCACAGGACAGAAUAUCUCAAGGAAAUAAUGCCCCAACUAGUCAACAGACUGCUAGAGAGAAUGAUAGUUUUCUACAAGGACCUGUAGAUGGCAUUAAUAUGGGUUUACAUUUGCCUCGAUCACCCUUCUACCCAACUUGUUCAACUGAGGUUCAAGACAGAUCUGGCUCGCCCAGUGACCUAGAUGAAGAAAUUACUGAAAUGGAAAAUAAGCUUAGUCAAAUGAAACAAAUGGUAGGUUUUGAUGAAGACAGUCCAGAAGAAGAAUUCUUAAGUCCUGAAGCUGCCUCUCCUCUACUCCGAAAACCUUUACGUUCAAGUGAGGAGCAUAGUCUAUUAAAAGUUUCAAGCAUCUCAGGAUCAGAAUAUGCCUCUCAAAGUGAUGUUGAAAAUGCACAGAGUGACACAACAGGAACUGGGUCUUACUACACAGCUCACAGUGAGAUAAUGAGCAGUUCAGACUAUUCUGCUCCUAGUGAUGUCAUGACUGCCUCUGAGUGCACUGCACAAAGUGAAACAAUGACCGGCUCUGAGUAUACUGUGACUGGUUCUGAACAUGAAGAUGAUGAAUAUGAAUCAGAAGGAAGAUUGUCUGCUGAUAUAUCUCAACAAAUAUUUCUGGAACAGAAUGCAUUGAGGUUCAGGGAGAAGAGAAGUACAUCAUUAUCAUCCUCUUCUGAAGAGGAUCAAGAGGACGACACUUGCAGGUUAGACAGGCCGCCUUCUCCAUCAGAAUUUACUCUCAUUGCAUCACAAGAUCAGUCCAAGCUGAAUAUCUCCCUAGGUCUUACAUCUGAAGCAACCAUUUCAUCAAGGGCUGUCAGUGAAAUAAUUUCAGAAACCUCUGCAGAAACACAAUAUGAUAGGCUGCAUGUUGAACCAGACAAAGAAAUGGAGAGAGAUAGUCUUCAAGGUGAUGAGGAAGAUGAAGAUUAUGAUGAAGAAGAGGAGGAGGAGGAGGAGGAAGAUAGAGUUAUUGAGGAACCCAUUGCAGGAGAUAGACCUCCAUCCCCUUCAGAAUUCACUUUGAUAGCAUCUCAAGAUAAGGAAAGCUUGAAUAAGCUUCUAGGACUGGAUGAAAUGGCUUCUCCUGAAGAAGAGCAAGAAUCCCCUAUGCUAUGGGAGCAUGAACUGGAAAAAGCAAUGAUGGAUGUAGAUGCUCAGUCUACAGCUUCAAGUGAUGCAGCUCUUAUGAUUGGACUUGAUCGUAUGUCAGCUGCUGGGACAGAUAACAACACUAUGUCUGGUGUGAGCUCAGAGAGUGGCCAGCAGCCUGACAGCAACGAAGAUCAGUUGUAUGCUGAAACUCCUGAUGAUGAGGAUGGGAAAGAUACAGAAGAGCUGUACCAAGCAUACAUGAAGGUCACAGAAGAUAAUGAAGACAGGAGCAAAGACUCUGAUGUAAACUUUGACAACACUCAAACCCAGGACUCCCAGAUCUCACUCUACCAAAAAGAUGAAUCAAAAGACACUUUGUAUUCUGAAGCCGACUACGGCUCUCCUCAAGCUUAUUUCGAAGAGGUUUCUAAAGAGUAUCACCAGGAAGAGAACAACGUUGAGGAGAGUUCCUUUCAAGUGGCCAGUGAAUCCACACAUAGAACAAUGACUACUUCAUCAGCAGAAUUUCAAGAAAUGAAAGAAGAAUCUAGUCCCUCCCAAAACCUGGAAGAGCAUUAUUUAAAACAAGAGUCAAGAAGUCAUUUUGAAAAUAGAACUCAUUCGGAAAAUGUCGUUACAAGUAGCUUUGAGAUGAGUGAAGGAAAGUUCUCAAAAAAAACAUUUGAAAUGUCUGAGUUAGACAAACAGUUUCUGAUGACCUCUGAAGAUCAUUUAAAUAGUAAAAAAUAUUCUGUAAAUUCUGAGUAUGAAGCUAGCUGGUCCACCACUCUAACUGAACGUUUAGAUCUCUGCGACAACCUUGCCAGCCGUUUUAUGGAAGGAGAUGAUGAACUAGGUCAAAAUGCUGCCAUGGGAAUGUCUCUUCAUGCUGAAGACAAAAUGAGCUCAUCUAGUUCAGAAGUGGCUCAGUUGGAUGAUUUCGACAACCAAGAUGUUGAAAUCCGGGAAGCGAGUGAAGAAACCUCUGAAGAGACAGAUGUUGAGGACCAGUUCUCACCGGUUGUAAAACAGACAGAUGAAUCCUCCUUUUCCUUUGAACCAGAUGUUCAGUUGCAUCACAAACAAGAUGAGUUCAUCCCAGAAAAGGAAAAACAUCCAGAUAAGGAUUUACUUUUUGAUUCAAAUGUAGAAGACAGAUUUCUAGAUGAAAGAGAAACAUCUUUUCUUGAAGAGGAAGAGGUGGAAGACUUUGAUCACACUGAAUUAGAACCAGAACUUUGUGUGCUGGCUCUAGGAGAUGAACAAGAAAGAGAAGAUGAACUAGAAAUCUCUGAGCACCCAAGUGGCUUUGAAGGUGUGUCUUCUUCUGAGGAUAAAGGACUUGAUGAUGAAAAUAUACAUAAAUUUGAUAUUAUCAAAGAUCAAGAAUCUAAAAGAACAUUAGUAAAACAGGAAACAAGAGAUAUUUCACCAGAGGAUUUAGAAGAAAAACCACUGAAAUCUGAUUUUCCUGAUGAUUAUAUGCUAGAUUCUACAGAUCAUUAUCAGGAACUGAUUUUUCAAACUCAGUAUGAAAUGUCAUAUGCAGAAUCCCAACAAUAUGAAACAUAUAAAACUAUGUAUGAGAUCAAGGAGACUUUAGAUGAAGAAGAGGAGACUGAAGAACCUUCUGAUGAUGCUGGUAAAGAAAAAAUGACUAACAAACAAUCCUUGGAAGACAUUGUUCCAGAAAAUGAGGAUGAACAACUGGAAGCAAGUGGUGGAGCUGAUGUACCAGCAACACCUGAUGAAGAUAUAGAUCUAUCAUCAAAAAGCUCUUCAGAUAGUGGAGGUGUAGAAGUGUUUGAUGAACAGACUGGUACAUACUCUAGACUACCAUGGGAAAUUGCUCACCAAUACAAAAGGCAGUUCUCUGAAUCUUUUAAUGAGGAACAAAAAGCUUGUGUCAAAGCUCAGAAGUCCAUUGACUUGGGAACAUUUUAUAGGCGAGAUAGAACUAAAGAUGAAGACUUUAUGGAAAGAAGUUUUUAUGAUGAAGCAGAUACAUCAGACAUUAUUACAGUAGCUAAACGAAAAGUGACAUUUGAAUUGAAACAUGAAGAGUCUGGAAAUACUGUAGUCAGUGAGGAAGAAGAAGAAGUCCAGCCUAAGGAUGAGUCCCUCUGUGAACCUUAUGAAUGUAUUGAUGCUACUCAUGAAGCAGAUGUUAUUUCCACAAUUUUAGAAAGUCGUCAGAAAGUGAAGCAUGAAAUAGCCAGGCAAGUCUUUGAUCAAGAAUAUCCUGAUACUCCUAAACAAGACAGUCAAUUUCAGGUUGCCUCCAGUACAUACACUCAUCAGACAUUAUUUGAUGAGACUGAAGAGGAUUUUACUUAUGUACAAAGAUCUGAGGAAUUGUACACUUACUCUGAAGUAAAUGAAAGGGUUAGUGUAGUCAGCAGAGAAUCUAGAAUGGCACAACAGGAGUUGUUACUGCAGGAAUCAUUUGAUGAAGAAGAUAGAUCUUUGUCACCUUCUAGGGACAAAAGCUGUAAAAAAUUAAGUACAACUUUUGAAGAAACAAUAUCUGUGAUUCCUCCACCACACCCAACUCAUUUUCCUAUGGCUGUACAUAGUGUGGGGAAGUCACUGGCUGACAAUGAAAUUUAUGAAUCUUCAGAAACGGAAAGAGAUUCAACUGAAGAAAAAUUGAGUCCUAUUGAAGAGACUCCUGGUAUAGAUGACAUUGAAGAAGAAGAUACAACUUUAAAAUCAACACCACCACUGGAGAAAAGAGUUACAUUUCAGACAGAUCGUCUUACUACCAGAGCUUCUGAGCAAUCAGUUGAUGACUUCAAAGCCUCAUCUUCUUCAUCUGAACUCUCUGUAGAACCAACACUGUUAGCAGCUUCAUAUGAUCUAGAAAGUGGUAGUGUUUUUCAUAUUGUUACAGCCUAUGACAUUUCACCAGACACUGUUGAAAAGCAAGGACCCAUAGAAAUGGCUGGAAAGUCCAUUUUAUCCAGUCCUGAAGAUGAUGUGUUUGAGACAGAUUCCACUUCUCCUCAGAGAACACAUGAUUCUUUGUCAUCUGAUACUCCGGCUUUCAUUUUGUAUGGUCAUCUUUUGUCAGGAGCAGGUAUUUGCUCCUCUCCUCCCAUACCCUUACCUCCAGUGUCUACACCUAGAGAAGGAAGUUCUGAAAAAGUUGACCUCAGCAGUCAUCUUCUCAGUGCUAGCUCCAAAUUAGAAAUGCUGAAACAUACUGAAAGGUUAGAUUCUAAAGAUGGCGAAGACACCACAUUACAAGAGGAUGAUAUGAGCUCCCCACAUGAAGAAGAAAUUGCUAUCACUGAAAUGCAGUCAACUGAAGCAUCACCAGAAAGUGAAGAUAAUUUAGACAAACUAAUGGAUGAAGAAACAAUACAAAAUGGAUUAAUUGAAAACUUUGACAAUGGAGCAGUGCCUUUAAAUCAAUCAACUGAAGCUUCAGUUAAUGUUAAUGCAUUUCCAUGUGUAUUAAAUGGACCAACGGAAGUUCAUUACAUCCCAGAGUAUGAUGGAGGGGAUGAUGACAUUGCAACUGUAAUCCUUCCAGGUGCUCAGCCUGUCAUUUCAUUUCUACAGAGAGAUUUUUCACCUCCAUCACAUGAAGACAUUAUUGAACCAGAAAUGUCAAGCUCAUAUGAAGCAAAACCAGACAUACAGCAGCCAGAAGAAGAGGAGGAAGAAACUCGAGAAGUGGAAGAGCCUAUACAUCCCUCUUAUGCCUUGACAAGGCAAACUGCACCAGACUCUGAGAAAUAUGAAGAAGAGAAUGUAGACUAUGCUGACAGUAUCAUGCCCACUGUCAUUUCUUUUGUGCUUGCCAAACCAGAUAUCCAGCAACCUGAAGAGGAGGUAAAUGUAGAAAUGGAAGAACCCCUGCAGGCUACAAUCAUGACAACUUCACAAGCCAAGCCUGAUAUCCAACAGCCAGAAGAUAAGGAAGAUGUACCUGAUGGGGAAGAAAUAAUUCAGCCAUCCAUAAUGACAACCAGUCAGGCUAAACCAGAUAUUCAGCAACCAACUGAAGAUCAAGGCAAUGGUCAUCCAGUAGUAGAAGAUCCUGUACAAAGCUCAAUAGUAAAUGUCACCCAGAUGAGCCCUACACAAUAUCUCUGGGAACAAGUAGGUUCUUCUGGCUACAAAAUAAGUCAAGAGUUUGUUGAUGAAGAAGAUGCACAGGCUUUAAAACAAGAGAAAGAUCUGUUAUCUUUGUCAUCUGGUGAAGAUGAAGACUUAAGAAAUUUAGCAGAACAGGAAGAAUCUCUCAGCCCAUACUCUGCUGAAAAAGAAGAGCUUGAAGAGGUUGCUUAUGAAUUUAGUAAGGAAACUGUAUAUCAUGGUAAAAGAGCUUUAGAUGUCGAUAUUGCAGAUAUGGCAUUUAGUGGAGCCUAUGAAGAACAAGAAGAUGCUUAUCAACAAGAUUAUGCUGUAUGUGGUGCCGAACCAGCAGUUGAACAUGAAUCAGCACAGCAGGAGGGAGAAGAGGAAAUUGAAGAGGAAGAAGAAUUUGAAGAAAGGCCAGAGGAGGAGCUUAUCAGACUUGAAGAACCACCAACCGAAACAGAUGAUGACACAGAAGAAAAUCUAAAAAGUCACGAUAUUAAAGAGGAAAAAAGUGAAGUUGAAUCUUUUGAACACUCAUCUGCUGAUUUUCUUCGUGUUGGUGUUCAUUCAGAUCUAGACAGACCACUCUCACCAACACCAGAUGCUCUGAGACAGGGAUUUUUUGGUGGAAAUUUUACUCCUCCACAAGGAGGAGCUUUUACACCUCCUCAAUCUGGGAUGUUCACUCCUCCAAUUAGUGACAUUCAGACACCUCCACAUUUAAGUCAUGAACAUGAAACUAUUUUUGAAGAGGCAGUUGUUAUAGAACAAACUGCCUCAACUUUUGUGGAAUCAAUCUUAGAAGAUGUUAAGACACAGGUUUCAUCCCAGGAGUGUUCACCUGAAACUGAGAUGGAGCAUGAUCAGAUUGAUGAGUUUGACAGCAGCAAUUAUGUGAUCGACGAUUCAAAAACUGAGGAUUAUAAUAAUGAAUAUCAAUCUCUUGACAAAUUCUCUGAUUCAGAAAAAAGGAGAGGCAUUACAUUGGUUAAGCAAAUUUCUGAGGACAUUCCUGGUAUUGUUUUAACCCAAUACUUACACCAAGAAAUGAAUGAGGAUGAAUUUUAUGGAUACUCUCCUCAGAAUGAAAACAUUUCUGAAGAUGAAGAAGACAACUAUGAAGAGGAACUAGAAAUUCAAGAGACUAGUUUAGACGAUAAAGAAAGCAAAUUGGAUCAAACUGAGGAAAAAAACAUUCAAGACACAGCAUCACAUCCAAUGUUGUUAAAUUUGCAAGAGUCAGACUUACAAUCUACGGAAGGUCAGUCUGAAACACCAACAGAGCAAAAACUUAGUGAAUUCAGUCAAGAAGCAGCUUUUGACCAAAAACUUGAUAGCUUCUUAGAGCAAUAUACACCAAGCACUGGAUUAGGGUUGACAGAAGCAUUUCAAUCCACUGCUCUUGAAGAUCAAAUUUUUUUCAAUCAGGAUCCACAGUAUGGAUUUGAAGAUGGUUCUGAAAGUGUGGAUCUUUACAUGAGUCAGGAAGAUCAUGCUGAUACUUCUAGUGUGGAUAGUUUUGCAACUGUUGUUGCUGCUGAAGCUGAAGAUACUGACAACUAUGAGCCGGAUGAAAAUAGAUUAGCUGAAAUAGCAUCUAUGACAUCGUCAUUUACUUCUGAUAUCCAUGUACCUAUCACAGAAGAUAGCCAAAAAGAAACAAGUGAUGAUGUUGGUGAUACUGAAGAUGAUGACACUUCCAUGGAAACCUCUCAAGAGUGGACAUCAGUUGUGUCUGAAGAGAAAGACAGGGAGAGUGAUGCUUCUAUUGAUAGUGAUAGAUUUGAAUUUGUAGAUAGAGCAGCACUGUCCAUUAUCACUGAAAUGUCAGAUGAAGAUAAAUUUGAAAUGAUUGAAAGAGAGGAUCUGGAAUCUGAAGCUGGAUUGUCUGAUCAAUUUGGAAGUUCUCCUGAUAAUAAUAUUCAACAAUCACCUGGAAUAUCCACCUUUAGAUUUUUUGGUAGAGGGACAGAUAGAGAUGAUGCAUCCAUUUCAUCCUCAUUAGCUGAGUUUGAACAAAUGGAAAAGGCUAUUCCUUUUUCAAGCUCUUUGAGCUCAUUAGAGAGGGACAUUGAUAAAGAGUGUUUUGGAGGUUCUUAUGAUGAAAGAAAAUUUGUUGGUUUUCCAAGACUUCGAGGUGAAGAUUCAACUUCUAUAGCUUCUUCACUUGCAGAGUUUGAACAUUUAGAACAAGUACUGGUAGUUUCAAGCUCUGCUAGCUCGGUUGAGAAACAAACUCCUGAAAGCAAAAGUUCUGGAGGUUCAGGAGAUAACACUUCCAAUUCCAUUUCAUCAUCUUUAGCAGACUUUGAAAAAAUUGAACAGGAUUGCCAGGCAGACUCUGAUGAGAAAAAAAGCUCUGUUGAAAGCUCAUGUCGACAAAGCGAAGCCUCCUCCUACACUUCUCUGAAUGAAUUUGAAAGGCUUGAACGAGAAAUUGCAGUCGCUUCAGAACUUGAGGUGGAAGCUCAAAAAAUAGUCUCCAUCCUUGAGUCAGGUGUUUUGAUGGGUUCAGCUCAAUUUGGUAGCUCUGACUUCAGUGAUGUUGGUGCUGGAGAUGAAGAUGAUGGUGGACAGGAAGAUAUAGACCAUGAUUCUUUGAGUGAAGGAGGAAGGCUUUACCAUGAUGUUGAUGGGGAUUCCUUAGAUGGGGAGAGUUCUGAAAUAACAGAGAUGGCUUCCAGUGUUGUAUUUGCUGGACCAGAGUUGGUAGCUUCUCAGCCUAUUCUUGAUCUUGAUAAUGAUUCACUUCAAGGUGAAGCACUCAUGCAGUUAUCUUCAGAUUCUCUCAUUCUGGAACAAAGAAUGAAGACAUCUGACUCUGCCAAAUUUGACACAGACUCUCUCAUCUUCGACACUGACUCACUCUUUGAACAAGAAGAUAGAAUGGUUCGUUCUGCUGACUCUUUAGAGCUGGGUGGUCAGUCAGGCCACUCAAGUGCUGGUGGUCAGUCAGGUCACUCGAGUGCUGGACCCUCAAGUGAGAAACGUGAAGAAAAAAUGGUGCAAAUAGAAGAUCAAAUGCAAACAUCUGCUGAUUCCCUAGAACUAGACAAUAGUAAAGAAGAGACAAAAGAGGAGGCUAACAAAGAGAGUCACUUAGAAGACAGUUUAAUGAUGGGCUCAAUGGAAUCAGCAGCUUGGAGCAUGGGAAGCUCUGGUGGAACAGGUCAGUCUAUGUCCGAGUCCCACACAGAUUCCAGCCAGUCACAUGAUAUCAUGCAAGUCUCCACAGAAUCUGACAUUCUUAAAGCUAAUGCCAAAUCUGCUUUCUCUGUUGAACAAAGAUCAGAAAUUAUAACAGAAGAGACACACCACUAUAGCAAAUCAGAGACUUUUCAGUGGUGUCAAGAGGAUACAUCUGUACAGUAUAUAAGUGAAGGUGCUCAUCCCUUUCCUAAACAUUUCGACUCUCAAUCAAAGUAUAAAAGGAAAUCUAAAACACAAUCUGAAUUGGAGGAGUUUUUGAAAACUGAGAGACAGGAAAAAAUGGAUUUGAAAUCAAAGACCAAACGAGAGUCCCCUAAAUUCUUUGAAGAGGAUCCAGUAAAAGAAGAAAGCCCCUUUCUGAGCUGGGGUCCUUACCAAGAAACUAAAAAAGUUUAUACAAUGGUGGAAUGGGAGGAAAUGAAGCGCCUCAAGCGAGAAAAACAGGAACAAGAAGCUAGAGCUGCCGCUCAAAGCUCUUCCUCUCCUGACCUCUCUCAAGACUCUCAAGAAGAUAGGCUUCAGUCCUCAUCUUCCCAGUCCCCACCUUCAGUAAAGAUGACCUUGACCUCUUCCUCAACCUAUACCUCAACACACUCUCGAGGUGAAAGAAGUGGCUAUGAAGAAAGAACAAGCGGUGAUGAAGAUGAUGGUGGAGACGGCAAACCAGAAGGAGAUGAUCAGUAUAGCUCAGGUGCUCAUGGAGAUGAUGAUGAUGUGCAAACACACAGGUUGAUGAUGAAGAAAGAAGUUCACAAAAAGACAACCAUUGGAUUAGACGGACAAGAGCACACAACAAUCCGGGAAGACUCCCAAGUCCAGCAGGACAAUGAGCCACCAGAAGAACUUCGUGAGUCUAUGCAGGAAAUCAUCAACCAGUUCAUGGAGUCUGACCCUCAACCAGCCCACCUCUUACCUGCAGAGUCAAAGGAAGAUGAAGUGUAGGCAAUGUUCUGUCUACUGUGAGGGAUCAUUUCUAUUAUUUUGGUGUCCUAAUCAAUUUCAUUGACGUUACUUUAAAUAUUUGGAUUAAUUAAUUGAAGAUUUAGGACAAACUUGUUUUCUAUUGGACUCACUAUUGUUUGACCAUUUCCUUCUUUGUUUUGAAAAGAUCUAACUCUAAAGCAUUUGAGAAUUAAAGAAUGCUUUUUUACUAUAUGUCUUCAUAUCUCCACUACAGCACUUUGUUUCCCUACUUAACUGUUCUAAUGUACACUUGUAUACUCCAGUCUGUGUAACUGUAACUUAUCCUACAAAGGUGAUCAUGACAGUUGAAGUAGUAUUGGAUGGACAAUAUAGUAGACAUACAAUCAUACAAUGUUUCUGAAUGUUUGUUUUUGUGUCCAUUGCUAUAACAAAGCUUUGUAAUUAUAUCAUGUGUCACCUAUUCUCAAACAUUGUUGCAUUUGUAUUAAUCAAGUAAGAACUAGGAACAAAGUAUCAAAUAGUUGUACAUGUUCUUGCUUAUUUUUUUUUGUAGUUUUGUAAAUUGUGUUAUGCAAAAUAUUUUUAAAAAAUUGUAUUUAGCUAGCAUACUUGGAAUAAAUGUAUUUUUAAUAUUUAUAACUAUUUUAUUUUCCUCCCAUUAUAAGGUGUAUACAUUAUAUGAGCUAGAAAUGAUCCACUGCUAGGACUAAACUAUUAAUGAUACACUGACUCAUUUCAAACAUCAUUUGGUAAAGAUUAGCAAGGUAGAUUGAGUUAUAAUGUAGAAUUUAUAUUCAAACAUUUUGUCCUACAAAUAUUUUGUGCUACAAUUACAUAUAAGUAUUUGUACAGUAAAAGUGAUACCAUUGUUUUUUGUUUUUAUUUUCAUAUAAAUGUGCAGCUUUUAAGUUGUUGUUUUUUUUUUUCCAAAAAGCUUAAAGUUGAACAGUUUUAAUAAUGGUUGUGUUUUGAUUCUGAAUAAUUUCACUGUUUCUUUUUUACACAUUUGUUCACAUAUUUGACCAGUUAAUUCAGCUUGGAAAGUUCUAUCAAAGGUGAACUUUGUGUGUUUUUUUAUUGAUUGUAGAGAACUUGCCUUGUUAUUAGCUGGUUCUAUUUCUUUGUGUCCAAUAAACUGCUUUGCUGUUAUA